AUGCGCACGACAAUACAACUCGCGCUCAGCGCUUCUGCAGCCGAGAUGCUGCGCGCCGUACGCGUCGAUGCGGCUGCAGCACGGGCGGCUCACGCUCCCAGCUCCGAACAUCUGCUCAUCGACCUGCGCAACCAGUCGACGGGGGCCGGGUACGACAGCGCGGUCAAAUCUUUCGAUCCGAGCUUCGAGCUAUCCACGCCAAAGCUGCAUUCCUACUACAGCACAUACGAGGAUAGCGACCUUUUCACCAUUAUCGAGCACCUGAGCGCCCAGACGUUCCGAAGAAUCCGUCUUGCUCAGUCGAUCCGUCUGGCACCACCAAAUAUACACCUGAGCCAUCACCACCCGCAAACCGCACCCUCUCAGCGCCACCCAGGACCUCCUAUUCCGCGCAGACCAAAUUCAUCCUUCUCUGCCACAUCAUUGCGUAAGAACCGACUAGCACCUACCCCACCCCCACGUUCGAGCGGGACGCGUGCAGAUCUACCUGCCCAUCACCAGCUGCGUGAAUGCACGCCUUUCCAAUCCUUCUCGCCGCAGCCGGGCCUUGCGCCCGAGCUCGCCGCGCAGUGUCCACCUACACCCAUCGGUCCUGCACAGCACACCUAUCGUCGCCUCGCCUGCUUUCAAAGCCGUGCUGAACAGUCAGCUGAACAGAGUGGCAGCUGGCAGCGGCCAACUGCACUCCGGGUGGCCCCAAAGCGACGAUCGACCUUCCCAGAGGCGUACACGCACGCACACACGCACGCACCAAUCUUCGGCGCGAAGACGCGCGCGCUGCGAUAUGCGGCUGCUUAUCGCGAUGUCCACGAGAAGACGCGUGCGGGGACGUCGUUUCGUCAUAGCCCACGCCGCGCAGGCCGCAUCGCCGUCCUCGAGGCAGCCACGCGCCGGGCAGCGCGACGCGACGAGGACAUAAACGCGCACGCGCGCACAAACCCACCCACCCACCUGUAG